AUAUGGUAUUGUUGUGCCCACUCCCCGCCCCGUGCUACAACUAAGCUAAGCUGUAGCCAACUGUAGUUGCCGAGACACGACCUAGAAGCUGUGCUGUUCUGAGAUAACUCGGUGGACUUGCUGUUAGCUAAACACGGCUAAAGAAAACCUGCUACCACUUCAGGAUCAUCCAUCAGCUGGGACUGAUUCAUCGUGUGUUCUUCGCCACCUGGACCUGGACAGCAUGGACACAGGUAGGGCUGCCACCUUUCAGAUAUGUAAAUAAGUAAAUGAGUUGGAGAAGUGGUUUUUCUCUUAGACAGCUGUGUUAUUCACACAGGUGUGAAACAUCUGUAAACGCCAGAUCUGGUGCAGGAAAAUGGCUGAACAGGGAGUGGGGACACACGUUGCCUUCUGCGGUUGUAAGUGAUAAUAAUAAUAAUAAUAAUAAUAAUAAUAAUAAUACAUUAAACUUGUCUAGGGCUUUUUAGGUCAGUCAGGCUUCACAAAAAAUGCAAUAAACACAUAAUAAAACAACAUGAAACAUAGUAAACAGACUGGGGGAUGCUGGGUUGAUCUUAAGAGAAGGCCAAUUUAAAGAAGUGGGUUUUAAGCAGUGACUUAAAAGUAGAGAGACGGCGUUCCUGAUGUUUAGUGGGAGAGAGUUCCAAAGUGUGGGAGCAGCGGCUGCAAAGGCUCGAUCCCCCAUGGUGCCAUGUUUUGUUCUGAAAGGAGGUUGGAGUCAGCAGAACGGAGGUGCCGGGAAGGAGAAUGGCGAUGGACUGAUAAUCUUUUUGAUUUAAAAGUUGUGAAACUAUUCAGUAUAUCCGUGCUGCAAUAAAUGGUCUGCAGCGCUAAAGACAAAAACAAAAUGCUUACUACAGCCUCCACAUGUGACUCCAGAGAGCAGUCGCUAAGUCAGCAUGCAGCUCAGUGAAUUUAAUGUCCUAGUCGAGUGGGUGGUGGUCUUAUGGAAACAUGAGAGCAAGUCAAACUGCAGCUUUAAGAGCACUCUGAGCAACAGUUGUUUUUCUACACAUCUGUUUUUGAUUCACCGUUUAGCAGUUGUCUGACUUUUCUAUAUAGUUUCUAAAGUAAAGCUGUCGUUUACAACUUUUUCUUGUGUUUCUUGUUUUCUAUUUUCAUAUUCAGGCCAGUUUACACACAGAACUCCAGUUAUUGCUUGUUUUGUCCAAUCUGGGCUGCAGCCGAAUCACACAGUCAGUACGCCAACAUGCUGCUCCUCUCAACUCACUUCCUCUGUACACACACAUCCAACGUCAGAGCUGCACACAGGCAAACUCAGAGUGACAUCAUGGAAUUGGAUCAGGAACUUCCUACAGACAGGAAAAGAUCUACAGCUAACAUAGCUGUGGAUCACACUGGAUAACUUCCUAUGGUUGCAUUUAUUUGACUUAUUUUAUUUUACUCAUAUUUUACCACCUCUUACAUGAGCUGUCUUUAGUCCAUUUGGAAUACAAAUACAGACAGAAGGACAAUAUGGGACCAGCUCAGUGGCCUUGUGGUACUGUCCUCCCUGGGACUGUGAGAUCAGGUUCCAUUCUCGGUCGGGUCAUACCAAAGACUUUAAAAAUGGGUCCCAAUGCCUCCCUGCUUGACACUCAGCUUUAAGGGGUUGGAUUGGGGGUAAAACCACCAAAUAGUUCCCGAGCCCAGCCACUGCUGCUUCUCACCACUCCCCUCCAAUGAGAUCAGUAUGUGAUGAUGACUAUGGGACUUUCUCCAUUUUCUUCUUUGUUAAUGCAUUGCAUCACCACCUGGUAUCAGAACAGGACUCGGUAUUGGAAGAUAAUCAAAAAUCAAACAACUUGGAUUCAGAUCAGGGGCAAAAAUGUGGUUGUAACAUAAGUCAGCUUUAAAAACUAAAACAACUGUUUAUGAAAUAACGUUACCUUAAUUAAUGACAUAUUUUCCUAGUUUACAUUAUGUUGUUUGAAACCAAGGGUCUCAUUAUCUGAACUUUUUAACUUGUUGGAUCGUGAAUCUGUUUAAAAACUUUGCUCUAUAUCAGGGUUGUUCCUGGCUCAGACUGAGGCAGAGGUGGUACCAUCCUGACCGUGCGCCAGCACAUGCGUACUCUGUGCAUUCAACUGCCUCACUUUUUUAAAGGCUAAAUAUGUUUUCGUUAAGUGUUCUAAUCUAAGCUUCUGGCGAUUAAUAGAAUAUUCCAUUUGACAACGUUUCAAGUGAAACAAAACUGGUUUGCUGCUAAAAAAUAUGAAAUAAAACAACAAAAUGAUCAGGCUGAAAUAACAGACUCUUAUUAUGAAAGGCUCAAUAAUAUGCAUCAGAUUGGUGUUUAGUUCCUUUUUCCCAUCUGAUAUUUAUAGUUAAAAUAUUUUUAUAUAUUUGACCUACAUUUCAGUAACAUUUUAGGUUUGUAUUAAUAACACUCAUCUUAGUCAUAAUAACACAUAAAUAUAUGCAGUAAAAUAUAAUGCAUUUCAUUAACAUGCACUUGUGUUGGAAAUGGUAAUAACAUUUAAUUUCUGCAGCUAACAAUGUAAUGGUGGCAUGUCUAUUAUGUACGGGUUAGCAAUAAUCCAGUUCAAAUUAUGUUCAAAGAAAGAAGCGUUUGUGAAUUAUAUACUACAACGGCUUGCCAUAGUCUCGUAGCCGUAAUGUGACCCGUAUCUGCAGCGGUUCUGAUCCGUAGUGCUGCAGGAUGCAGAAUAAACAGGAUGGUGGGGACUUUUCAUCCGCUUGUAGAGUUUAGUCUUUCAUAGUUUUACGAUCAUCAUCAUCAUAUAUUUUUCUGUGCGCCACUUGAUCGCGAGACUGCUACCUGUUAGCUUUAGCAUUAGCUAAUCUGCGUGUAGCUGCACUUUUGAACCAAAGUUUGGACCGGUUCUGCCUUUGUGCCUUUGUUGGUUCCUUUAUUUUCCUCCACUGCAUCCAGAUGACCACACUGUGCACCAGUAAAAAGCAUUUUCUUACACGUAACUUACUUUUGUUCAACAAAGUUCUGGGGAAAAUAGUAAUUCAAAGAUGUUGCACCUGUGCUACGUUUAAAAAUAGACAGACACGCACAGACAGUUACAGCCCUGCUCCGAUAUGGAAGAGCUGGGGGAAAAUCAGGACGUUAAUAGCACCAACCAUAGGUAUGUACCAACUAGCGAGAAAAGCACAUUUUGAUCUUUUUCUGCAGCGGUUUUAGCGCUUUUCGGUGCACCGCUGCUGGUACAGUGCCCUGUAGUGGCGCAACGCUGCAACUGCAGUUACAGUAACAUCCAUAUAGCUGGGGGCAGAGUGAAAUCAGGCUGGGGCGGCACAAAAAUAGCUGGAGGCGGCCGCCACGCAAAUUUGAAUACAGGAAAACCCUGUAUAUGUGCCCCUUUUUUAACUUUGAGCACCCGCCCCUUCAAAGGUCUCUGCACGGCCCUGCUCUAUCUGCUUCCUUUACAGCACCUGCUGAGCUCAUUUAAAGGAGUCUCCUAGCGUCUUCACACGGAUGACAUCCAACUGUACAUCUCCUUUAAGCCCCAUGAGAUGUCUACGCUGCAGCUGUUACUCUCCUGCUUAGACUCCAUUAAAACCUGGAUGGUGGGAGCUUUCUACAGCUGAAUGAAGAUAAGACUGAGAUCUUCAUCUGUGCUCCAGAGAAGCUGGUUCCCAAAGUCAGAGACUCUCUUGGUCAGCUUGCUUCUCACACCAAACCCUCUGUCAGGAAUCUUGGCGUGACCUUUGACCCAGCUCUCACCCUGGAUUCUCAUGCCAGUUCUCUUGUUGGCUCUUCCUUCUUCCAUCUCAGGAACGUUGCUAAGCUGUGUAACGUGAUGAAGGAGCCAUUUCUACCCUAACAGCUGUUUCCUUUUGACACAGUGUCAGUGUGUCUGAAACAGCCUGAAGGUCAUACAGUCGUUUCUAAACUGUUUACAUUCCAGCAUGAAGACAGAAGAAAGAAGAAUGAAUUCUUUCCUUUUGAUUAAUCAAAGAACUCUAUUUUAAUAAAGCUAAUCCAUCAAAGUGUUAGUCAAUAUAACAAGAUGUGACCGACCUGUGAAAUUAAAAUAUUAAUUAUUUUAUUAUGAUCUUAGAAAUGAAGCAAUGUAACUUUAAAUGGUUCAACAGGACUCAUUUCACGUAGUGUUAAAAGGACUUGACACAUUUUUUCACUGAUCCAAUCAGAAUCUUACAGAUCUGACGGAGGCGUGCUUCUGACGGUGUUUGGUAAUUUUCAUUCAACAAUAAACCAAAACAUCCGAGGUAUGAAACAGAUGCCACGUCAGCUCUAAUGCAGUUCAAAGCGUUCCAGAGCAAAAUGACGGAGUGGCCAAUCCUGAACUUUAACUCUUCAACCGAAAGAACCACGACAAGCUGAGAAAAUCCAGUCGCUAUAACAACAAGCAACGACAACAGCUCCUUUCAGAAUAAAGCCCGGCGUACACUGUGCGACUUUUUCACUUUUUUGAGCCGAUUUUCCAGUCGUGCGAGAAGCCACGACAUCGGGGCGAGUUUUGCGCCGAGCGGUCGUGUAGUGUACAGGGGGUUACGAGGGGCGAUUAACACCACGUGACCAGCUACCGAUCAGCAGUCGUGAGGUCGCAGGGACUUCUGGUGUGUUUAAUAUUUCGCUCGUCCCUCGUGAGGGUAUCGCACUGUUGAAGCGGCGCUGCGAGCAGCUACGAUCCAAAAAAGUAUCAGAACCGCUCACGGCGCAUGCCCGCGCAAUCCUGCAUCAACGCCGGUCGCUCGCUAUUUCCCUAAUAACACACGCUGUUCGUUUUUGUUUCUACACGUUUUUUUACUCACAAAGAUUGUCAAGAAAGCGUGUUUGUCGUGUUCAUGUCAAAUGAAACUGAUCACAAAACACAGAUUCACUUUCUUUAUUUCGUUUUCUUCAUCCAAACCCCAUAAAUCCCUGUGUGUCCUCCUGCAGCACUCCCGAAGGACAACAGGCAAGACAAAAAAGUCUGACGUGUUGAGUAAAAACUGCUAUUUUUAGCACAUUUUUAGGGCCGACGUGUUGCUACCAGACGUACAGUGUGAGCAGUCAGGUCGCAUGCGAGAACUGGGUCGUACAGUGUGAGCACACGACUCGUGAGAUCUGCUCUGCGAGGAAGUCGUACAGUUUGAGCUGAAGCUGAACGCUGCGAGUGAAAAAGUCGCACAGUGUACGCCCGGCUUAAGAGCUCCACUGACCCAGGCUGGGUGUUAAAAGUCCGCUUUCCAGAGGAAUAAUGUUUGUGAACACCGUUUAGACUACAUUACCCAUGAUGCACCUCGGUAUCUGUACUUCCCGUUGGGAACGUGUUUAGCGCAGUUCAGCACAGCUGAAAGGUGUUGGAUGAUCAGCGUUUUUCUCGUGCGUUCCUGUGUGAGUUACCCUUGGUGUGCGUGUUUAUCAUGUGAGUAUUAUAAGAUGAGAUUGAUGCUUAUUUGACUUUAUCUGUGAGUUGCUCUGUGUACAUCACUAAGAAGCUAGUCCUGUUGCUAAGUUGCAGGUUUUGUUGGCCUACUUCAGGCAGCCUUGGUUGCAGCUUAUAUGGCAUUCCAUAUACGACUCACUAUCAAGUAUGGUGGUUGGAGGUGGAUAGAACUAUUUUCUGUGUUUAUUAUCUGACCUGUAGAGAUACUGUUUGCUAAUGCAUAUACGAACAAUAAAUUCAUGUAUGGUCUUAGGGUGGCAUCUAGUGGCCAUGAGGUUUAUAGCAGAUCAUAUAACUUCAUGUUGGAAACCCACAGUGCUGUAUAAGCGGUACACUGCUAUUCAUACUAAUGGUUGUUCUUUCUGUUAACAGAUUACCACACCCACAUACUCCUGCACACUCACACUCCCUUUACCUGCAUUCAUAGAUGGGAAUGCAAUUGCCUCACUUGUUGAUGUCAUCUGCUACCUCUUUAAUAAAACUACUUGGACUACAUCACUGUGGAGUGCCAAUCCUUCUGACCGAGGACAACUCAGUUGAAGCGUGAUCGGCAAUCAGUGCAAACAUUCAGUACAAGUGGUCCUUCGAGCCGGAUUUGCCUUGGCUGAGUUCAUGAGAUGGAAAACCCUCAGGAUGGAGGUGCAUCGAGUAGCCCCCGUCCAAAACGGGAGAGGAAACUCCCGGGAUAUCUGGUGGACUAUGAGCACAACCUAACUGAGCCACCCAACCCAUCUAGAGCUCCAAGUAGUUCCAGUAGCUCUGACAAUGAAGAGGAAGGGAGAUGGCAGAGGAUGGAAUCCGCAUGGAACAGUGUCCUCCAAACCAUGAAUCACCUUCAAGCGUCUAUGGAGGACACUCAUGGAACAUUACUGAAGCGGGUGGAGCGUUUGGAGCAAGCUUCACAACCUAGCAGUGAGGUGAUACAUCGCACCAUAGAGCCACUACCUGUACCAGAGCAGGACACCACAACACCUGCGAACAUGCUGACGCCAGUGAAGGCAUCUGCUCCAUCACCUCCUCGUAAAGUGAGUUUUCACACUCAGCCAGUGCUGCACCCUGCCACUUAUGUAGCUGCAUCAACGCCACUCAGGAGACUUGGCCGAUGCACCGCUACACCCUUCGUGUACCAGAGAUCGGAACAUCAUCUCCUUAUAAACCGGCCAGGCCAGGUGCAGAUAUCACAUCACACAGCCUCAGCUAAUCAGCCAAGACAACGUGAUUAUCAUGCAGUACAGCAGCUAUCACAGGCUGGGGAUCCAGUGAGUCUGCAGCAGACGUUACAUCCAGCUGCUCCCGUCUUCCAAGCUAGACCUCCAGCUAAUCCUGUGUACUUGCAGCAACCACCGCGUCCUGCUGAUCCGACCUACCAACUUCCACGUCCACCAGAACCUGUGACCCAGCCAUCACAGUGGGCAGACGCUCAGCACCCUGUAUCCAACAUAUUGCAUCCUGAAGCUUUGCCUGAUCCAGCUGGCAACCACCACGUUCCCGACCCGUCAGGAAGUGACCAUUCAUCAUCUUCCUCUGCUGGACAAUAUAAUCCACGGGUUGCCACAUCUGAAUCAGCCAGAGCGCCUCUACCAAACCUGAUGGAAAUGAUGGUGGCAUCUUCAUAUGGUAUUCCAAAGCCUAGGCUGGUGGUCUUCAGGACGGGCAGAGAGAGUGACUUCGCCUUAUUAAAGAAAGGGCUGGACAGCACCUUAGGGCCACAUUCUCAUCUGGGAGAAGAUUACAAGUUUCAGGUCCUAUUAGAUCAUCUAGAAUAUCCCAGCGCCCUACAGGUAGCCAAGCGCUACAUCCACGACCGCACUCCCUAUACUAGUGCAAUGAGGGCGCUAGAGCAGAGGUAUGGACAGCCAAGGCAGUUAGUCCAAAGUGAGCUUAGCACUAUAUUGAACUGCCCCCCUAUUAGAACAGGAGACUCUCAAGCUAUUGAGGACCUGUCCCUGUCCGUGUCCAGCCUGGUCGGGCUUCUCAGUACCAUGGAUGAAGUAGCAGCCAGUGAGCUUCAUUGUGGUUCACAUGUGGACAGACUGCUUACCAAACUCCCCCUGAACUACAGAGACAGCUUCAUCGAGUACUGUAUUACCCGGGGGAUCAUCCGCACUGGCAGCAGCCGAACAUACAAUAUGUACGACUUCUCAGAAUGGCUUGAACGGAAAUCCCAAGUCCUUCAGCUAUCCAGACAAGCCUCUCACAUGCCCUCUGACAGGCCACGCCCAGAGAAGAACCUACUCAAAGCCUUAGCAGGGCCCAAGUCACACAGCAAAUCUGCUUCCAUCUACUACGGCCCAAAUCCAGCCCAAGCCAAGCUAAGACCAGGGGGAGGAUCUACAGCUCCCAAUCCGACAGUCCAACCUAAGAAGAGACAGAAGUUCAAACCUUAUUGUCCAUACUGUGAAGGGACAGAGCAUUAUCUGAAUGGCUGUGAUGGAUUUAAAGGGCUAGACCUCAAAGCUAUGGCUACCUGGAUUACUGAGAAGGCCAAAUGCUGGCGCUGUGGCCGUAAACAUUCUCCAGAGCAGUGUACUCUAAAGAAGCCGUGCAGCACCUGUGGUGACCAGCAUUUGUCUGUGCUCCAUGACCUGGUUGAGGCCAAGAAGCGGGACCCUAACAUACUAACUGUGAGUACUAGUAUGGUUUACCUAGACUAUUCAAGUCACUCAGGUCGAGUCAUGCUUAAAGUAGUACCAAUUCAACUACAUCAUGGUGGCAAAUCUCUGGACACAUUUGCUGUGCUUGAUGACGGCUCAGAAAAGACUGUUGUGCUUCCUGCGGCAGUUGAAUCUCUAGGUUUGGAGCAGGAGGAAGCAACACUCGCACUGCGAACUAUCCGUCGAGAUGUAAUCCAGAUGAAGGGAGGCUUUGUCUCAUUUCAGGUGUCACCGAGAGCUAAGCCCAAAGUGAGGUACAAAGUAACACAUGCAUUCACAGCCGACCAGCUGAGUCUAGCUACUCAGUCAUGUCCAGCUGAACAGCUGAAGAAGAAGUAUAUUCACUUGCAGAAAGUCCAGAUCAAAGGAUUUAACCAGGUCCAACCUUUGGUGCUACUUGGCUCAGAUAAUGCUCAUCUCAUCACCCCUGUCCGUCCUGUCCUUAGGGGGUCAUCUAAAGGGCCAGUAGCUGUCUGCACCAAGCUCGGAUGGGCCAUCCAGGGGCCAGCCAGUAGUAUGCCUACAUCUGAGGGGGAGCUGCAGUGCCUGAACAUGUGUCUUUCUCCUGCAGAGGCCCUGCAUCAAGAUGUGAAGCGUUUGUGGCAACUAGAUGUUCCCCCCUAUAGGACAGAGAAGGAGGUCACACGGUCAAAGGAGGACAGAGAGGCAGUGGCUAUGUUGGAAACAAAGACCCUCAGAGUCCCAGUAGAUGGUGUCGAGAGAUAUGCCACUCCUCUGCUGAGAAGAAGAGACUUUCCACGUCUGUGUGUCUCCCCUGAAGCAGUAAAGGGCCUCCUCAGAUCUACUGAACGUAAGCUGGCCAAGAACCCUGAUCUGACCCAUACAUACAACCAGGAGAUCCACAGGUUAGUAGAGUCUGGCUAUGUUGCUAAGCUGAGCCCAGAUGAGACACAUAGCUCUUCUGAGUCAUGGUAUGUACCGCACCACAUAGUACAUCACAACAAUAAGGCUAGAGUGGUCUUCAACUGUUCGUUUGAGUUUCAGGGGUCCGUCCUGAACCGCUGCCUCUUACCAGGACCUCCCAUGGGACCCACUCUGCUGGGGGUAUUACUCCGCUUCCGUCAACAUCCUGUAGCCGUGAGUGGAGAUAUCAAAGCCAUGUUUCAUCAGGUUCGGCUGCUCCCAGAGGAUUGUCCCCUGCUACGGUUUCUGUGGAGGGAUUGUGAAACGGAUCGGCCCCCAGACAUAUAUGAGUGGAGAGUUUUGCCCUUCGGAACGACAUGUAGCCCCUGCUGUGCUACGUUCGCCCUACAGAGACAUGCAAGGGAGCACAAAGAAACCCACAAAGACAUCUGUGACUCAGUCCACACAGCCUUCUACGUGGAUAAUUGUUUACAGUCCCUGUUCAACCCAGAAGAGGCAAAACAGCUCAUCGACCGGAUGAGAGAUUUACUCAUUCAGGGAGGAUUUGAUAUACGACAGUGGGCGAGCAACGUGCCCGAAGUAGUUGCUCAUCUGCCCGCUUCAGCUCGAUCAGAGAGCUGUGAACUUUGGCUGAACUUCAAAGGUCUCGACUCACAAGAGUCAACGUUAGGACUCAGCUGGCACUGUCCGACAAAUGUCCUGGGAUAUAAGCACCGCCCUAUCACCUACUCCACGGUCACGCUGCGCAAUGUGUACAAGGUACUAGCUACCCAGUAUGACCCACUAGGGUAUAUUUGUCCCUACACUACAAGGGCCAAGCUGAUUGUACAGGCCCUGUGGAGCACAGAAAGAGGGUGGGAUGAGCCCAUCGAAGGGAAUCUACUUCAGUCCUGGCUUGAGUGGGAAGGCGAACUGUCACACCUUCAGCAUGUCAUCAUUCCCCGCUGCUACGCUCCUCCUCAUAACUCCAGCAAUGUGACAUAUGAAGCUCACGUAUUCUGUGACGCAUCGGAAAAGGCUUAUGGGGCUGUGGCUUAUCUCAGGGUAAUUGAGCGGCAACGGCCCAUCAUCACAUCAUUCCUGAUGGCUCGCUCCAGAGUGGCCCCACGCAAGCAGGUGUCAAUGCCCCGGUUGGAGCUUUGCGCAGCACUCACAGGAGCCCAAUUGGCCAGAUUACUCCAGACAGAGCUUACUGUUCCCAUACAGUCGAUUUACCUGUGGACAGACUCUACCACGGUGCUGCAGUGGAUCCAAUCUAGCUCCUGUCGCUAUAAGGUAUUUGUGGGGACUCGAAUCUGUGAAAUACAGGAGCUGACAUCUCCUGAACAGUGGCGAUAUGUGACCUCUGAGCUCAAUCCUGCUGAUGACAUCACCAGAGGGAAACAUCUCGCUGACCUAACAGCCCCCAAUCGUUGGUCACAUGGUCCACCUUUCCUAUUACAAGCCGCUGACACUUGGCCUAAGCUGCCAACAGUGUUUCCAGCCUGCAAUGAAGCAGAGCUCAGGAGGACUGCAUUCUGUGGGCACGCUUCUGUAUCCCCAACCUUGCCGGAUCCAAUGCAGUAUGCCUCACUAGAUAAGCUGAUUGCUGCUACGUACCGGACCCUACACGGGGCGGCCGACACUCCUAUUACAGCCGCGGAGCAACUGGAAACCAAGACCAUGCUGCUCCGCUCAGCUCAGACCGACAGCUUCACAGAGGAGACCAAAGCCCUCCAGACCAGUCGCCCAGUCCGCUCAGACAGCCGUCUUAGCACGCUGUCCCCUGAAUAUGACAGUCUUACUGGUCUUAUCAGAGUCGGAGGCCGCCUUCGUCAAGCCGCAGACUUAGAUCCAGACAGUAUUCAUCCCAUCGUACUAGCAGCUGAACAUCCCCUGACCAAGCUCAUCAUAAGGACUUAUGAUGACCAGCUCCUUCACCCAGGUGCAGAGAGGCUAUUUGCGGAGAUAAGGCGCACCUAUUGGAUUCUCAGAGGACGUCAAGCCAUUAAGAAACACCAGCACCAGUGUGUGGACUGUAGGAGAUGGCGCGCCACACCUUCUACACCCAAGAUGGCUGAUUUACCUUCCUCACGGAUGAGACUCUAUAAACCCCCAUUCUGGUCAACGGGCGUAGACUGUUUCGGGCCAUACACGAUAAAGAUAGGUCGUAGAAGAGAGAAACGCUGGGGAAUUAUCUACAAGUGUCUUACAACUAGAUGUGUGCAUCUCGAUCUCCUCCCUAGUCUUGACACCGAUUCCUUCCUUAUGUCAUUACGCAGAUUUAUCGCACGCAGAGGAAAGCCAUACGAGAUGUGGUCUGAUCAAGGAACCAAUUUCAGAGGUGGUCAUAGAGAACUCCAAGCAGCAUUUGAAAACAUGGAGCCUGACCUCAAGCAGCAACUAGCCACGCAGGCUAUCAACUUCUGCUUCAAUCCCCCACACUCGCCUCAUUUCGGAGGAGCCUGGGAAAGGGAAAUCAGAGCAGUGAAGUCAGCUCUGCAAGUAGUCCUGAAGGACCAAGUUGUGGCAGAAGAAGUCCUACUCACAGCUCUCAUAGAGGUUGAGGGCAUUUUGAACUCAAAACCGCUUGGCUAUGCAUCGGCUGACAUAGCCGACCCAGAUCCCAUCACACCAAAUCUUCUCUUGAUGGGGCGGCGUGAUUCAGCACUACCCCAGGCAGUCUACGGCCCCUCAGGCACUCUUUCGACCAGAAGAUGGAUACACAGCCAGGUCAUCAGUGACCACUUCUGGAAGCGGUUCAUACAGAACUACCUCCCAGGACUGCAACUCCGACAGAAAUGGAGGAAGUCCACUGACAACAUGACCGUGGGACAAGCUGUUAUGAUUGUAGACUCUAAUCUGCCUAGAGGCCUCUGGCCUGUGGGUACCAUUUCCCAAGUUUUCCCAGGGACUGAUGGUGUUGUUCGGGCUGCCGAAGUCAAGGUUAAAGACAGUCUCUAUGUUCGCCCGGUGACUAAGCUAGUGGGACUCCCCAAAGUCCCUGAGGACUUAGAUGAUACUGUUCCGCAAUAGCUUGACUUUAGCAUGUGUGUAUUUGUAUCCAUACAAAUACAGGGGCGGCUGUUAAAAGUCCGCUUUCCAGAGGAAUAAUGUUUGUGAACACCGUUUAGACUACAUUACCCAUGAUGCACCUCGGUAUCUGUACUUCCCGUUGGGAACGUGUUUAGCGCAGUUCAGCACAGCUGAAAGGUGUUGGAUGAUCAGCGUUUUUCUCGUGCGUUCCUGUGUGAGUUACCCUUGGUGUGCGUGUUUAUCAUGUGAGUAUUGUAAGAUGAGAUUGAUGCUUAUUUGACUUUAUCUGUGAGUUGCUCUGUGUACAUCACUAAGAAGCUAGUCCUGUUGCUAAGUUGCAGGUUUUGUUGGCCUACUUCAGGCAGCCUUGGUUGCAACUUAUAUGGCAUUCCAUAUACGACUCACUAUCAAGUAUGGUGGUUGGAGGUGGAUAGAACUAUUUUCUGUGUUUAUUAUCUGACCUGUAGAGAUACUGUUUGCUAAUGCAUAUACGAACAAUAAAUUCAUGUAUGGUCUUAGGGUGGCAUCUAGUGGCCAUGAGGUUUAUAGCAGAUCAUAUAACUUCAUGUUGGAAACCCACAGUGCUGUAUAAGCGGUACACUGCUAUUCAUACUAAUGGUUGUUCUUUCUGUUAACAGAUUACCACACCCACAUACUCCUGCACACUCACACUCCCUUUACCUGCAUUCAUAGAUGGGAAUGCAAUUGCCUCACUUGUUGAUGUCAUCUGCUACCUCUUUAAUAAAACUACUUGGACUACAUCACUGUGGAGUGCCAAUCCUUCUGACCGAGGACAACUCAGUUGAAGCGUGAUCGGCAAUCAGUGCAAACAUUCAGUACACUGGGUCUGAACAGACGCCAAGACAAGAGUCGUGUGCCGGCAGUAUCUCGAGACGGGUCUGGUCGGAACUAGGGAUGCAUCGAUCCACAUUUUUUCACUUCCGAUUCCGAUACCUGAAUUUGGAUAUCUACCGAUACCGAUAUUGUUUCGAUACUAGAGGAAUAUUUGUUUUAAUGUCAUUAUGAUUAUUAUUAUGGUUGAUUUUAUAAGGCUAUAAUAAACUCUUUUAUACAAGAAUAAUAUGUAAUUGUGAGAAAGCCCUACAAGUAAGAGCCCAGCACCGUGUCCCAAAAGAUAAGUUGAGAUAAGUGAGGUCAUAAAACAACUAAUUGUCUAUCCUAAAAAAAAGCAACUAAUGUUUCAAAUUGAAAUUUAUUCAAUUUCAAGGCAGGGUUACUGGACACAAGUGCAAUAUGCACAAUCAAAGAAACAAACCCUUUCAUUUGAACUAAACAGCCCAGGUCCAAAUAAUCACACUAGGCAGUAACACAUUUUUAAAGUGUCAAACAUGAAAUGAAAAGGGUAAACUUCCAUAAAACUACUUCAAAUAAAAUAGAGGGCUGCUUUAUCCAAUCCCCACAAAUUAAUUUCACAGUCUUUUGUAGCAUCAAAAAUGUAAUUUUCAAGUAAAAAAUCACUUUAUCAAAAAAAAAGUGCAUCUGAAACAAAUUCAGUAAGUCCUUGCUCAUGUAGCAGUAAAAAAAACUAAAGUUUUCAAAUGUUAAACAUUUUGAAUUAAAGAAAAGUGCAUUGUAAACAAACAUCAACAGUGUGCAUCUGAAAAGUACAAUUCAAGCAUUGGAGAUUUGGCAUUGAAGGUGACUUAGAUAAAGUUAACAGUCUGUCAGAGUCCGGAACUAUUCUUGAAAAAAAAAAAAAUGUAAAUGCGUGAGGUACUUAAAUGUUGUUCAUCUAAUCUCACUUAAACAAUGACAGGUUCUGUCUGAGGAAUAUAAGGAUUUCUGCUCUUUCUGCUGUCAGACGUUUCCUUUUUUCAUCCUCAAUAUUGGAUGCUGUACUAAACAGUCUUUCACUUUCAACACUCGUUGAAGGAGCUCUCAGGAACUUUACUGCAACAGCAGCAAGGAGAGGAAAGCGGGCAUGGUUGUCUGCCCAGUACUGGAAAGGGCUGUCUAGCUCACCCAUUGUUGGUUCUUUCAAGUACAUUUGCAUCUGGAUAACUGCUGCCUGGGUACCUUGUGCAGGUUCAUCAUGUUCCUCCAGAAUUUUGUCAUACAGACUGCUAAAGCUACUCUUACUUGUGGUAGGAGAACUGGCAUCCACGUGAGCAACCUUUUCUGCUGGCUCUGGUUCUGGCUUCCUUGUCCCUG